GGGAGGGAGAGAGAGAGAGAGAGAGAGAGAGAGAGAGAGAGAGAGAGAGAGAGAGAGAGAGAUAACGGUUUGGUGCGUGUGCACAGGGACAUGAGUCGGUUCCUAAACUCCGUGUCACGGAUUUAAACCGAGGCUUUAUUAUUAUUAUUAUUAUUAUAAGGUGUGGGUGAUGCUGAUGUGGAUGAGUAAGUGAGUCUCCCCACAGGGAUCCAUUAGAACACACCAUCCUAUAAUCCGUUAGAACACAGACACCGUGAGAGUUAUGGCGAACAUGUGUCCGUACGGGCGGUUCACCCAUGCUGUGGUGCGUGGUAUCCCUCAGUCGCCCAGCGUGGGCGGGGUGGAGGUGGAGGUGGCAAAGUUGCAGCGUCAGUAUGGCGUGUUAGUGGGGACUCUGAGGCAGAAGGUGGGACUGCAGGUGCUGGAGAUCCCUGCUGACACACACACUAACACAAACCUUCCUGAGAGCUGGAGGAUAGAGGACAUGGCUAUCAUACAGGGGGACACGGCGCUCCUCACACAGCCGCUGAGCCAGGAGAGACGCCAGGAGGUGGAGGCAGUAAGACGUGUCCUCACUGAGCUGAACCUGACCAUGGUGGAAAUGGAGGACGAUGGAGCCACACUGGAGGGCAGUGACGUGCUCUUCACCGGGAGAGAGUUCUUUGUCGGUCUUUCCAAACACACCAACCAGCGUGGAGCUGAGAUCCUCGCCAAUACCUUUCGGGACUUUGCCGUGUCCACAGUUCCUGUAUCUGCUGGCACUCGUCUGAAGAACAUCUGCUCAAUGGGGGGUCCUGAGACCAUCAUCUUCAGCAAUAGUGAGGGAGCGAGACGGACACUAAGGGUGAUGGAGCAGUUGACUGAUCAUCACUAUGACGUAUUGUGUGUACCAGAGGAUGCUGCUGCUAACUGUGUGUAUGUGCGCAGUGCAGGUGAAGUGGAUUAUCUUCUCCACCCCACACAGGAGGAAUGUCCUAACAGCGUCUCUGCCUUCCAGAAAUUUACAGGCUACAACCUGCUCCCUACAUCAUGCAGUGAAGCUUCCAGACUCGGUGGGUCGCUCACCUCGUUCUGCCUGCUGAUCAACAAGAAGCUUCCUUUCUAACACAACACAACACACACUUCACAUCUCUCUAUGUUCACACCAUCUACAAACACACACACACACACACACAAAACGUGCAUUGACU